CGUCUGCGAGUCUCGGCGAGUCUCGGCGGGCGCAGCCGUGCAGCCCCUCCCCGCGCCCCGCUCCCGCAGCCCCGCCGAGACGGCAGCGCCCGCGCCCGCGCCCCCAGCCCGCAGCCGGGGCCAAGGCGCGGCCGCUUCUCCCCGCGCCUCGCUCGCUCUCGGCGCCCCGGCCAAGCCCGGAGACCAGCCGGGCGCCCGCCCUCCAGGAUGAAGAAGCUCCAGGGCGCUCACCUCCGCAAGCCGGUCACCCCAGACCUGCUGAUGACACCCAGCGACCAGGGUGAUGUGGACCUGGACGUGGACUUUGCUGCAGACCGGGGGAACUGGACAGGCAAACUGGACUUCCUGCUGUCAUGCAUCGGCUACUGCGUGGGUCUGGGUAAUGUUUGGCGCUUCCCCUACCGCGCCUACACCAAUGGAGGAGGUGCUUUCCUCGUACCCUACUUCCUCAUGCUGGCUAUCUGCGGCAUCCCUCUCUUCUUCCUGGAGCUCUCUCUGGGCCAGUUCUCCAGCCUGGGGCCGCUGGCUGUGUGGAAAUUCAGCCCGCUCUUCAAAGGUGCCGGUGCGGCCAUGCUGCUCAUCGUAGGCCUGGUGGCUAUCUACUACAACAUGAUCAUCGCCUACGUCCUCUUCUACCUCUUCGCCUCCCUCACCAGUAACCUGCCUUGGGAGCACUGCGGCAACUGGUGGAACACGGACCUCUGCCGGGAGCACCGGGGCGGCAAUGGGGCCCUGGCCCUCAACCUCAGCAGCACCGUCAGCCCCAGCGAGGAGUACUGGAGCCGCUAUGUCCUGCACAUCCAAGGCAGCCGGGGCAUCGGCAGCCCUGGUGAAAUCCGCUGGAACCUCUGCCUCUGCCUGCUUCUCGCCUGGGUCAUCGUGUUCCUCUGCAUCCUCAAGGGAGUGAAGUCCUCGGGCAAGGUGGUGUAUUUCACGGCCACAUUCCCCUACCUCAUCCUGCUCAUGCUGCUGGUUCGCGGGGUCACGCUCCCGGGGGCCUGGAAGGGCAUCCAGUUCUAUCUCACCCCCCAGUUCCACCACCUCCUGUCUUCCAAGGUGUGGAUUGAAGCUGCUCUUCAGAUAUUCUACUCCCUGGGUGUGGGCUUCGGGGGGCUCCUCACCUUUGCCUCCUACAACACGUUUCACCAGAACAUCUACCGAGACACUUUCAUCGUCACCCUGGGCAACGCCAUCACCAGCAUCCUGGCGGGCUUCGCCAUCUUCUCCGUGCUGGGCUACAUGUCCCAGGAGCUGGACGUGCCUGUGGACCAAGUGGCCAAAGCAGGCCCUGGCCUGGCCUUUGUUGUGUACCCACAGGCCAUGACCAUGCUGCCACUGGCCCCUUUCUGGUCCUUCCUCUUCUUCUUCAUGCUGCUGACCCUCGGCUUGGACAGCCAGUUUGCCUUUCUGGAGACCAUCGUGACAGCUGUGACAGACGAAUUCCCCUAUUACCUGCGGCCCAAGAAGGCUGUGUUCUCGGGGCUCAUCUGCGUGUCCAUGUACCUGAUGGGGCUGGUCCUCACCACUGAUGGGGGCAUGUACUGGCUCGUGCUUCUGGAUGACUACAGCGCCAGCUUUGGGCUCAUGGUGGUGGUGAUCACCACAUGCCUUGCGGUCACCCGAGUGUAUGGCAUCCAGAGGUUCUGCAGGGACAUCCACAUGAUGCUGGGCUUCAAACCGGGCCUCUACUUCAGGGCCUGCUGGCUGUUCCUGUCGCCGGCCACGCUCCUGGCUCUGCUGGUGUACAGCAUCGUCAAGUACCAGCCGUCCGAGUACGGCAACUACCGCUUCCCCGCCUGGGCCGAGCUGCUGGGCAUCCUCAUGGGGCUGCUGUCCUGCCUCAUGAUCCCGGCCGGCAUGCUGGUGGCUGUGCUGCGAGAGGAGGGCUCGCUCUGGGAGCGACUCCAGCAGGCCAGCCGGCCGGCCAUGGACUGGGGCCCGUCGCUGGAGGAGAACCGCACGGGCAUGUACGUGGCCACGCUGGCCGGGAGCCAGUCGCCCAAGCCGCUGAUGGUGCACAUGCGCAAGUAUGGGGGCAUCACCAGCUUCGAGAACACCGCCAUCGAGGUGGACCGCGAGAUGGCCGAGGAGGAGGAGGAGGAGUCUAUGAUCUCCAGGUACUGCCAGGACAUUGGCGUCAGCUGUGGACGGCCCCGGGUGCGGAGAGAGUCGGAGGGGGCCCGUGCAUGUGGCUCUCUGCUCCGGGAUGCGUCCUCGGCCCCAUGGAGGGCAGCGGCACCUCGGCCUGAGAGGGGCAGCCCCGGGGCCCCCACUGCCCCGAGAGAUGGGUUAGGGAGGGAUAAUGCCUGAGCCGUCC